UUCUCCCUUGCUGUUUAGGGGCUUCUCUUCCAUGCCCGAUUUCUGAUGUACAGCUUCCUCUCUGUGGACGUUCCGCGGCUGUGGAACGAAGCUGGAGCGACUCUCCUUUGUUUCCUCAGUAACUGCUCAGCUACCUUUCCCUAUAGCAGCUGCACACUGGAACAGACUUCCUCGGGAUGCGUGGUUCUCCCGCUCAAAUAGAUCCAAACCCUGCUGAAAUGAAUAGUCUUUCCACUUUCCAAGUCUCUACAAACGUUCUGUUGGACGGACAUGAAUCUUCCCUUCCUCCAGCUCCCCCGACACUCCAGUGCUGGCAUUUAUUCAGGAGGAUGGGAGACUGCAUUAGGGGCUCUGAAUGUCAGGGAUGAGGAGCCGACGGCGGAUGUACUCUGCUGUCAUGCGCCUCUUCCUGAAGUGCCUGCGGAUAGGUGAGCGGCGUCGGUUCUGGCUGACUCGGCAGGUGGAACAACUGUGGCUCUACGGAUGGCUAUGUUUACGUUCUCUAGUGUACAAUUCCUUCGCUGAUGGUGACACUGCUCUUGAUGCCCUCUUUGAGCCCAUCUACUGGCUAGUGGACCAUGUCACCCGUUGGUUCGGGGUGGUGUUUGUGGCUUUGGUGAUCACAUUGACCAGCUCAGUGGUGGCCAUAGUAUACGUCUGCCUCCUGCCACUCAUCUUACAGACCUACCCCAUCGGCUGGAUCUUCUGGCACUUCAUCUAUGGCCACUGGAACCUCGUCAUGAUAGUCUUCCACUAUUACAUGGCCAUCACAACACAGCCUGGUUAUCCCCCACAGCAGUCAAAGAGUGAUGUUGCUGCCGUCUCUAUCUGCAGGAAAUGUAUUGCACCAAAGCCUGCCCGGACCCAUCACUGCAGCAUUUGCAAUAGGUGUGUGUUGAAGAUGGACCAUCACUGCCCAUGGCUGAACAACUGUGUGGGACACUACAACCAUCGGUACUUCUUCUCCUUCAUGUUGUUCAUGACCAUGGGCUGUAUCUACAGCAGUAUCAGCGGUUGGGACAUGUUCUGGGAGGCCUAUGCUGCUAUUGAGAGAAUGAAACUACUUGACAAGGAGACACUGCACAUGACUGCCAAUCAGACAUACUCUCAGACACCACCACCCACCUUCUCCUUCCGCCAGCGAGCUUUCCACAAGAGUAUAGUGUAUGCCUGGGUCCUCUGCAGUUCAGUAGCAUUGGCACUGGGUGCUCUCAUGCUGUGGCAUUCUGUUCUCAUCACUCGUGGUGAGACAAGCAUCGAAAGGCACAUUAAUCGCAAAGAAAGAAAGAGACUCCAAAAGAAAGGCAAGGUGUUUCGAAAUCCAUACAGUUAUGGUCCUUUGGGCAACUGGAAGGUUUUUCUAGGUAUAGAGAGGCAAAGGCACUGGGUCACUCGAGUUCUGCUACCCUCCACCCACCGACCCUAUGGAUCUGGCAUGAGGUGGGACACUCCAGCCUGUGUUGCUGAACAGAAACCUCCUCUUUUGGCAAUUUGAGCAGGAGAUGGAGCAAAAGGCACAAACUGGUUGAAGACUUGAGGCCACAGACUGUUUUCAUUGGGAAACAUAACAAAAUCCAGUCCUUAAAGGAGAUGGCGGCCUAACACAGCAUAGCUGGAUCAUCUGCAGUGAACCACUUGCUCCAGCAGUUUUGGGAGGAAGACUGAGGAAAGCUCAGCUGCAGGCAGCUGAGGUGAAUCAGGGGUGUCUUGCCCGUUAUCUACUUUGUGUCUGCACAGGUCACUCUACAAAGACUGGAAUAGUAUGAUCAUUCUUGAGCAGAGAAAGUGGCGAUGGCUUCUCUCUGCUCAUUGCUCUAGAGGGGCUGGCUAGCACACCAAGGUCCUGCUGCUCUCUAAGUAGACAGCGACUUUUUAACCUUAGAAAUAAUAAAACAUUUUUAAUACAGG